CCUUGGCAUGAUGUGCAACUCAAAAAACUUGGGACACCUGUGAGAGUGAGAUUCAGUCCCCCACCACAAGUCUGAUUUCCCAGCUGCCCUUCCUGGUCCCCAACCAGCCCACCCGGUCCAACAUGUGAGAGUUUCCCAAAUUGACAGUGACCUGUCAGUUACAUCGGCAUUGCAUCACUUGGACCCAACCACUGCCAGUGUUGCCAAGAAUUGCAACCUUGGCAAACCACAAUCAGAUGAAGCUCAGGGAGCUCAGCCACAGAUGCUCCCUGCAACUUGUGGUUUUAAGUUGGUGCCCCGGACGAUCGCAGAGCGCUACCACAAGAAGAAGACCCUGGUCCCGUGUCAAGCCAGAAGCCUGGACAGGGAUAGGUUGCAGGGCUGGUUCAGCCACAACGGUGCGACUCUCACAAUGAAUUUCUUACCUCAGGAUCGAAAAUGCAAACGAAAUUUUAUUUUGCUCGUGUUCGUGGAUGAUUGCGGUCUGAUGUGUCAAAAGUCACAAAAGAUGACAAGUUCGGGACACCAUUUUCAAACACGGCCAUGUGAGUUUCUCGACCAGCAACAUCUGGCACAGUGACUCGACAUUGCUACAGGCGCCAUGAGAUGCCAGUGAUUCAGCGCCAUCAGGGCUGCCGUGAGGUGCCUUUGAAGCCUUCCCAUCAAGUCAUUUUGUGAAGGCGUCCCCGGCAGUUGGGUGCCUCUGCAUCAUCCACGACGUUUUCCGGCUGUUCAAAGUCCCUUGAGACGAUCCUGGCGAAUGCAGACAUGGCAAGGUUGGCCACAGGAUGAUUCUGAGCUUAGCGUAAACUUGACGUCCUCGACUUGACCAAAGUUGUUUAGUCUGGGCAUCUUCAAGGAUACCUUGUGAGCCCUUUCACUUUCAGCUCAAGCGUGCUCAGCGCUGCAUGCUGAAAGCCGAGUUCAGAUGGAUAGGAGGAUUCCGGGGCCAGAAAGCAGCAAGCUGCGGGCUACAGCUCUGAGACCUUCUGCGGCUUGGAUCCAUGCUGAUGCCCCAUGACGCGUUCAGACCGUUCUCGAUUAGCAGUGUGUCACCGCGCCACGUACUGCGCGCGCUGAGGUGGCACCCAUCAGGUAGGCUACGCGAUGCAUUUAUGGCAAAGGGAGCUCAGAACGGGGGAGCUGCAGCGGUAGGUCGCUGGCCUAGCGCGCAAGCUCCUGUCACUCCCAAGACUCACAUGAUCCGCGGUCCUUUGCGAGGCGCAGGACAAGUUUGCAAGUGCUCCUGGUGGGAGGCUAUGUUAGCCAAAGUGCCCAACUGCGGCGUUUAUGACAUCACCGUGUUUUUGCGGUUUAGAAA